UUGAGUUUGACUAAUCGACAGUCACAUGCGAGUACUACUAUUUUAUUUCACUAUAUUUAUCUUAGAGGUCACUACAUACAAUGUUUUCUAAUGUUAUGAUUGGACGAGACUACGUGUUUAAUGAUUUAUAAAAUGUCGGAUAAUUUUAAAGGAAGGAAUUGCUUAAAGCAAUUUUUUACGUGUUGAAAUGUUAAACAAAUUCAUAGGUAUACUAUUUAACAGACACACAACAAUUAGAUUGUUUUCCGUUGAAUUCUCGUCAGAAUCAAAAUUAAAAUUGUAUAAUAUAUUAUUAGAGAGUUUUCCUAUUGUAUCGAAAAAAAUUGAUAAAUUGUUUAAGGUACAUGGCGAAAAAAUAUCUACAAUACCAGAGAAGAAAAUUAUUGAGAAUUGUAAAAUAUGUCGUGAACACAAUGUUAUGGUAGAAACAGUAGUAAAUAUCUUAACUUGCUUAACUGUAAAUUCUCAUCUUUUGAAGCAUAGAAUAUUUUUAUUGGAAGAGAUAGGCGUAUCUAAAAUAGAUGUAAAUAUCAUCUGGAAAUUGCCAUAUUACAUGAGUCUACCUGUGACUAAAUUUAAACAUAUAAUGAAAAUUCCAAUGGAGCAACAUAUUAUGAGUAAUAUAUCUUCUCAUAUUGUCGAAAAUUUGUCAGAUAUGCCAUCCUUAGAUUUAUUAGACGAAUCAUUAUCUGUAGAUAUGCAUUAUGAAAAAUGUUUCUCAUAUUAUAUUGAAAGUAAAUUUGGUUCUGAUAAAAUAUCAUUAAAACAUAAAGGGAGAAAGUAUAAAAGCUUCAGAUUAAUGACAGAGUUAAUAAAUAUUUUCAUAGAAAGUUAUAAUCUUGACUUACAAUAUAUAAGAAAUCAUCUAAUUAUUUUAGAUAUGUGCCCGAAUCAAGUACAAUAUGCGUUAGAAAAUUUAAAGGACACCAAAAUAGGUAACUUGACAUUUCACGAAAUUUUUAAGAAAUUCCAUGAAAUAGUAACAUAUGAUCCAGAAAACAUAAAGAAAUUAUUACAGAGCUUUAAAAAAUAUGGAUUAGAUAACAAGAUCCUGCUGAGUUGUUUCAGAAUUUUUAAAAUUAGUAAUGAAGAUUUUGUUAAUAAAAUGGAUAAAAUCUUAACUACACCAGAUCUCAGAGUAUGGUGUGAAACUCCACGUAUUCUAUUUUUCAUAAUUAGAGCAAAUAUUGUUAAUGAACGCAUUGAAUUUUUUCGCAAGAAUGAUAAUAUUAAAUGGGUUAACUCGUAUCUGCUUACAAGCGAAAAAGAUCAUUUUAGAAGAUACAAGCAAGGUGAAUUAAGUUCCGCGAAGAAAAAGAGGUACAUACGAUAUAUUUUGAAAAAGGAAUUAGGCUCCGAAAACGAACACUUAAUAAAUACAUUUCAGCUACAUCCAUACUGGAACAGAGUAUCCUUUGUAGAUUUAGAUGAUACAUUACGUAUCAUAAAAAAAUAUUUUCCAAUAGAAGAUAUAUGCAGUAAUAUUCAUAUUAUUCUGUAUCCAUGGUCUAUUAUUAACAAAGUGUUAAAAAGUAUAAAAGAAUCCGAUAAGUAUAACAAAUAUACUUCAUCUCAACAACUGGCACUUUGUUUGUAUUUUAUAGAAAAAGAUAAUCAUUUUACUGGUGAUGGAAUUUGGAAUAUAAUGGAACAGGAAAAGCAAUUAAAAGACAAUGAAAAAAUGACAUUAGAAACCGAUGAAUUGCGAGAUUGAAAUAAAAUUUAGAUAUUUGAAUAAUAAAUGUUUUUCUUACUUUUAGAA